AUGCAGUCGGUGACAGUUCUAGUGUCGAUAUUAGCGAUCGUCUCCGCAGAGUUGGAAUAUCAGCCACAACGAUGGGUCACGAGAAUACUGCACGACACGCUCGAAAGUUAUGUCCCGGACGGAGGACCGACGUGCAAGCGAGAUGGACAGGCAUAUCGCGAAGGACUGAAGGAUCUCAAGCUAUGGGCAACCCAAAUGUAUGACGCUUCAGCAAAGUUUCCAACAGGCAUAUUAUCUGGGAAAUCAGUCGAUUUCGGUGAUUAUGACGAAUGUAUGGAAACCAACACAAAUAGUUUAGACUUUAAACCUCAGUACUGUAUAGUAAACAUACGUUUUUCACCGUCUGUUAAGCUGUAUCCAAAUUACUACAAAACCACUCAACUUAAUAUUUUAAACUCGUCAAUUUCUGCGUGGGAAGCUGUAAAGCUAAAUCCUAAUCCGGCAAAGGUUCAGCGUAAUGAAAUCAACACUGCGAUUUGUAUUCCGUCCUCGUGCACCCAUUCGGAUCUACAGUCCACGUUGUCUCAGAAAAUUAUUUCUGCGUUUAACGAGGAAGAAAUAAACACCACCGUAACAGUUGACUCACUGUUUUGCACCACACAACACGACAAACCACCUAAGACAUUGGGAUUCAUAAUUUUUUGGUGUUUCAUAUUAGUUAUUGUUGUAUUUACAAUUGUUGGAACACUACAAGAUUUAUAUCCAAAGGAAGAGACUGAAUCUAAGUGCAAACCUAUCUUGGUAGCAUUUUCAAUUCAAUCAAACCUCAAAAAGUUAUUUUACAACAGUACUAAAACUGCGGAAUUUGCUGGCUGUAACUUCCUUAAAAUAAUAGCUUGUCUAGUCGUUUUAUUAGGACACCGGUUGAUGUACAUUAGUGCACAGCCAAUUUAUAAUACCAACAAAAUUGAAGAGACUUUUGAAAUGAUGAUUUAUGGAGUAGUGCAUAACGGACCAUUGGUAGUAGAUAUUUUUCUUGCCAUCUGUGGAUUCCUAACUUUUGUUAAUAUGUACAGCGAAUUAGUGAAGACCAAACAAUUUAACAUGCCACUUAUAAUAUUUUGGAGAUGGUGCAGACUGAUCCCUCUAUACGGUGUGAUGAUCGCGUUUUAUUCGUUCGUGUUAAUACACCUUUCGGAUGGUCCUUUAUGGAAACAUAUGGCUGUUAAAGAGUCGGAAAACUGUCAACAAAAUUGGUGGACCAACUUACUUUUUGUAAAUAACUACGUCAAUGCUGAUCAACCAUGUAUGAUUCAAUCCUGGUAUAUGGCGUGCGACUUACAUCUGUGCGCUGUGGGCAUACUAAUUGUGUACUUUGUUUGGAAAUUUCCGAAGUGCGAAAAAUUUGUCCUGAUUAUUGCAAUAGUCGUAUCGUGUUUCAUUUCAGCGUAUGUUGUGUACGACCACAAAUUUUACCCGACGUUUUUUGGUUUCAUUUCGAAUUUGAAAUACCCGCCGAGCCACGAAGAUUUCACACUGCUGUACAUACCCACGCACACUAGGGCGACGCCUUACUUCGUGGGAAUGUUCGCUGGUCACAUUUACAGGACCACGAGAGCCGGGAAGCCCGACUUCCGAUUCCCGUACCCUACACUGUGUCUGUGGACGAUCGUCGUCGGCUGUGUACUAUGGAUGAUGUCCGUAUUCUACUUUUUCGUACACGAGUACAGCAUGUGGGCAAGCGUCUUGUACGCGCUCGUGUUCCGUCUCAUAUACUCUGCCAUGAUUUCGGCGUUCAUCGUCGUUUCCGCCGUAAACACUUGUUUCACAGGAUCUUGGACAUUAAUACUCGCGCCAUUGGGCAGACUCACGUACGGAGUGUAUAUAGGAGGGUUGUCAAUACAAUUGUUCUACGUGGCUUCUGCGCGUACUCAAAUUUAUUUCAAUCAAUUACUAAUUUCAUGGGUCGUGAUUGGUGAUUCAGUUUUUGGAUUUAUCAUUGCAUUCAUUUUGUACAUGUUGAUCGAGAGUCCAUUUGAAAAUCUAUUGAAAAUAUUCAUCAACAAAAUAAAAGGAGGAAAAAAUAAAACUGAAGAAAGAAUGCCCAACGCUAUUGAAAUGAUACCACAUGCCGGACAUACAAUAGAAAUAAAUAGUUAA